AUCUAUGAUUGUAUUAUCUGCCAUAUAAAAUCUUUCAAACUAAUAUAAAAACACAAAUCAGUCAUUCAGAUUUAGUUUGAAAUAGUUCAAAAUGAUUUUAAUACCAUUUUUCAUCUUUGGCCUUGGAGCACUAGUUGCAGCGGUUCCGAAUCAACAUCUAGGUAUCAUAAAUGGACGCAACGCUACAAGAGGAGAAUUUAAAUAUAUAGCCUCCUUUCAAUUAUGUACUCGUCCUGAUGACUGCAUUCAUGACUGUAACGCCAUCGUCAUAAGCCAAAGUUGGGCUUUGAUAGUAGCAGAUUGUGUGACCGUGUUUGAUUACUAUGCGUUUCAGGUUCAUGCAGGAAUGUUUAAUCUGCACGAUCCAAAGAGACAAAUUAGAACAGCAGAGAAGGCUGUUAGACAUGAAAAAUAUGACCCCAGCAUAACUGAGAGUGACUAUAACAUUGCAGUGAUUAAGGUAGACACUCCAUUUAUAUUUAACGACAUGUUACAACCUGCAACACUACCACAAGCUAACAGCAAUGUAUCUGAGGGUGAGGCAGUAAUAACAGGAUUUGGAGCUGCUGACUAUAAUUCACUAUACAGUAUCAGAUUACAGACAAGUACUGUUGAGGUAGUCAAUACAGAAGCUUGCUUAGAUUAUAUUGGAAGGAACCACCCCCUUCCAGAAUAUCACAACAGUGUAGUGUGCACUGGACCUGGAUCAUGUGUAGGUGACUCGACAGCUCCUGUAGUCCAGAACGGAACUGUCCAAGCACUUUCCGAUUGGGCCCUUAACUUGUGUGAUCCUCUCAACGCUAUCAACGUUUAUACUAAAGUUAGUCCCUACAUUUCAUGGAUACAGGAAAAUAUCGACGAGGAACUAACUUUGGCAAAGAAUUAAAACUGAUCUUGUAAUAGAGAAAAGUGAUUUUUAUUGUAAAGCAUAAAUAUGUAUUUAUGAUUAAUAUAUACUUCAAUAAACUUCGUUUACCAUU